AUUAAUUUGCACACAGGUGAGAGGAGCCCAUAUAAGUGAUGAGAUGAGGGCUGAAGUCACUUCCAGCUGCAUCUGUUAACCUCAGUGAUCAGGCUUUAAUCAUAGAACUUAAAAAUGUCUUCCACACUGCAAACUGCUAUGGAGGGCCUCAUUGAAGUGUUCCACUCCUAUUCUGGAAAGGAAGGUGACAAAUACAAGCUGAGCAAUUCGGAGAUGAAGAACCUGCUACAGGGGGAACUCGCCGAAUUCCUGGCAGCCAGCAAGGACCCCAAGGUGGUUGACAAGAUAAUGGCCGACCUGGAUGAAAACCAGGACGGUGAAGUGGACUUCCAGGAGUAUGUCGUUCUGAUUGCUGCACUGACUGUCGCCUGCAAUGAAUUCUUCAUAGACUGCCACAAGAGCAGCAUGAAAUCCAAGCAGGACCCUGGUUCUAAGAAAGCCUGAAAGUCUAAUGUUUCACAUUAAAUUAAUAACCAUUUCUUUACAUAAUUUAUAUACUAACAAUGUUAAGUCAGUUUACAGGGAUGCACCUUAAUCACAGCACCUUGUAAUGUUGUAAAAGAUGCAUCACUGCAAACUGACUCAAUUAUUCUUUUCUUUUUGUGCUUGAAAAGUCUUCCAUCUUAAUAAAGAUGUCAUCCAAUA